AUGUCUCCUGGGAGUCUUUCUCAUGGGUCUGCUAGACAACUGAUCCUUGAGCGCGAUGAUCACCGUGAUCUCAUCGCUGGCGACUACGAUGACAAGUACAUGACGCCUGAAGCAUACGAGUAUCAUGCGAAAGUAAACCGACCUACCGUCCCCUUGGAAGCCGCACAUAUUAUCCCGGAAUAUCUAGCCAAUACGCCCGCCGAGCAGUUGUCAAAAGAACAAGAAGCUGAAGCAGACCGGUGGCUUGGAUCAGAUGUGGCCCCAGAUGCUAAGAUUCAUAAGCUAUCCCUUAUGUGGGUCAUGCUUCAGUACUUUGGGGGUGAAGAUAUAUACAAUGAUCUCAAAGGAGACCGCAUUCACCACCCGAGUAACCUUCUCUCUCUGGCACAGCAUGACCACCAUCGCUUUGACUAUCAAAGCCUUUGGUUCGAACCUCUAAAACAGACUAACGACGAAUAUCACUACAAGCUAUGUGUUGCCAGUGUAUUGGCACGCCCCACAGGCCGUGAUCAAAAGCGCAUUGAGCAAGUUGUUUUUCGAGACAAGACUGUAGGAGACACUGUGAUUCCGGCCCCAAAUCCGAAGUACCUAGCCCUUCACGCUGCCUGCUGUCGUAUCGCCCGACUGUCUGGAGCCGCCCUCAUUUUCGAUGAGCUCCACGAUGAACCGGGCGAUUUCGCCGGCGCAGUACCUUCGCCUGCGAUGUUUGACGCAGUAUCGGCCCGCCUUGAAUACGACACUCGAGGGCCGCGAGUAUUAGAGCUGUUAUCAGAGGUGCAGGAUCAUGGUUAG